AGCCCACUAUCGAGAACAUUUAGUUCUCCUGAAUAACCCGCAGUCACACACAACAAGGGGGAGCUCCUCCAACUCAGACGCUAGUUCUCUCUCACCGACUCGGACCUGCAGAGUAUUUCCACAAAUAGACUACUGAAAUUAGAUUUAUCUUUAAACUGCUCACGCACAAACAAUUGUAAUAUCUUCGUGGGUGUUUUGGGGAAAGUGGCAACAGUCCUGACAGAUAUUUUGCAUUAUAUCUGUUUUCCUAUUCCUCGAAACGAAAUGCCUGAGGACAUGGGGACAGCCAAGCCUGGAGGAGUCAUAGCCUAUAUUUCCUCUGGCUCUGCCUCCAGUCCAGAGUCCUGUAUGAGCACCAGCCCCAGCAGAAGCUAUUUGUCCACAUCCCAGGCCGUGUCCCGCCCCUCCCUCCCCAGCAGGGCAGUGGGCAUGGUGGUGGAUAUCUCUCCGCCUACUAAAAAUGGCCACCAACGUAGCCAUGGCAUUGAGAAGGCUGGGCGCUCCUCCACAUCUACCAAGAGCAACAUUACCAAAAUUAACGGCAUGGUGCUGUUGUGCAAGGUGUGUGGUGAUGUGGCAUCCGGCUUCCACUACGGCGUCCAUGCAUGCGAGGGCUGCAAGGGUUUCUUCAGAAGAAGCAUCCAGCAAAACAUCCAGUACAAGAAGUGUCUUAAGAUGGAGAACUGCACCAUAAUGAGAAUCAACCGGAACCGCUGCCAGCAGUGCCGCUUCAAGAAGUGUCUGUCUGUCGGCAUGUCCAGAGAUGCUGUCCGAUUUGGCCGCAUCCCAAAGAGGGAAAAGCAAAGGAUGCUGCUAGAGAUGCAGAAUGCCAUGAACAACAUGAUGAGCAACAACAGCCAGCUGCACAGCAUGCUGCACGGCCACCAGAGCGCGUCUCCCAUGGAGGCCAUGACCAGCGACGCCGGCUCCUCGCCCUCUUCCUCCUCUGCUUCCGAUUCCCUGUCGAGCUCAAACCCCUCCUCCCCGCACUGCCCCCAGGACUCAGAGUCUGUGGUUUCAAUGGACACCAACUCCAGCUCCGCCUCCUCCUGUGCGUCAGACAGCGGAGAGGAUGAGUCCCUCAUUGCUUUGAACAGGCAGCACCAAGAGGCCUUUGCAUUCGGCCAGCAGAGGGCGCAGCAACAGGACCAGGCGUCGCCCACGUUGAGCAGUGCCGCCCUGGAGGUGGGGGGUGACGGCCGGGCGGAGGAGCAGCAGCAGCAGGAGAACUGGAGCUGCUGGAACAACAAUGCAGUUGUGGGGGGGUACCAGCAAGGUUCUUACAGUAAAGUCCAACACGUCAGCAACACUGCUUACAGCGAGGAGAAGGUUUACCAGCCUCAGCAGCUCAACAGCACCCUGAAGUGUGAGCCGUCAGAUGACAGCAACACACAACAUGGGUUUAACACAAAACCGGCCUCAAGUGGUUACAAUGGACCAACCAGCUGCGUGAAUAAUAGAGCAUACUUGGUCUGUCCAAUGAACGCUUCACCCUACGUGGACCCCCACAAGCCGAGCCAGGAGAUCUGGGAGGAGUUCUCCAUGAGUUUCACCCCCGCCGUGCGGGAUGUGGUCGACUUUGCCAAGAGGAUCUCGGGCUUCUGCGACCUCCCAGAGCACGACCAGGUCGGCCUGUUGAAAGCUGGAACUUUUGAGGUGCUGAUGGUCAGAUUUGCCUCCCUGUUCAACGCCGUCGAGCGGACGGUGACCUUCCUGAGUGGAAAGCGUUACAGCCUUGACACGCUGCGGGCGCUGGGUGCCGGCGAGCUGCUCAACUCCAUGUGCGAGUUCAGCGAGAAGCUGGCUGCGCUGAGGCUGGACUCUGAGGAAAUGAACCUCUUCACAGCCGUGGUGCUCGUCUCAGCCGAUCGUUCAGGGAUCCAGGACCUGAACUCGGUCGAGGCCCUGCAGGACAAACUGAUCCGGGGUCUGAGGAACUUGGUGAUGCAGAACCACGGCGAAGAGUCGGCCACCACCUUCACCAAGCUGCUGCUCAAGCUUCCCGAGCUGCGUUCACUCAACAACAUGCACUCGGAGGAACUGCUGUCCUUCAAAGUGCACCCUUGAAAUCUUCCUGAGGGGUCACACCUCCACCUAAUCCACACACCUCCACCACCACCUCCACCAGGACCUGCCUCUAGCUUCCCCCUCACCCUCCCUGUUCGACCAAUCCAGUUGUUUGUUUCUAGAAUGUAUUGAAAGUUAUUUUUUAUUCUAUUUUUGUUAAGUCGACCAUCUGGGGUCUGAAGAGAGAAAAAUAUAAAACAUGUACUGUAUUUAUAGAAGAGAUAGCUCGUUGGAGGCGCUUUUCAAUUCUCCAGAGAACAAAGAGUACUUUGUGAAAAGAUAUGAGUAGAAACCAAUUAGUCAAUUCCAAAGUGUGUUCUCUGAUGAGCGGGUGAAUGUGAGAGACAAUGUGAACCUUACAUACUGCAUGUUUGUUUGGUCCAAUAUUUGACUGAUACAUGUCACAAGGAAGGCAAGCUAUCAGAAAAUGUAUUGAAGAAUGUGUGACGACCGCUGCUAAUGCAUGGCUGUACUUAAUGCAUGGCUGUAUUUAAUGCAAACUAUCAUUACUUGGAUCUUCUCCCCUUGCCUCAGAAAGCAUCAGUUCAAAGUUUCAGCAUUUAUAGUGUUUUUAUUUAAUUUUUUACUUGUGUUUGUCAACUGCCUGUACACUGCCUGGUGAUUUCUGGAGGGGUCAAUGACGCCAUUUUCAGCAACACUACAUUUGCCCAUGUUCUGGAGCAGAAAAACCAAGUAACAUGUAAAGGCUACAUGUAAACGUGUUUGCUGUUUACCCCACUUUCUGUUUUUUUUGUGUUUUUAAUCAAAGUUUUUGUGCAUUCAGCAUAGCACUGAAUUUGAUGUGGUUGUCAUAUAUUUUUGUUGAAAUAUCUGUUUCUUCAACUGGCAAUGCCAUAUGUAAAUAUCUAUAUAAAUAUAUAUAUAUAAAUAUCUGAUGAAUAUAGAGUAUAAAUACAAGUGAAGAAUA